AUGCGUUUCACUCCCGGUCUGCUCCUGGCUUUGGCCUCGAGUGUUGCUGCUCAGCGCUUCACCAACAGCAGUACUCCUGUUACUGAGCUUUCCACUGCCACUGGCACUGAGACUGCUAUCCCUAGCUCGUCUGCUGGUCCUCCUGCUCCCGUCGAUCUUGCCGAUGCCGAUCUCGGACCUGGUGCUUCGUUGACCACCCUUCCCGACGGUAGCGUCGCUGUCCUGCUCAGUGGUAUCGCCAACGGUGUUGCUACCUUCUCUGUUGGAGGCGGCCUCCCUGAUGGUAUCUCCCUCGGCGACUUGAUCCAGAUCUUGUUCUCCAUCCUUGUUGAGGCCCUUGAGAACAACGGUAAGCGUGCCGCCACUGACUGUCAACUCGAAGUCACUGUCGAUGGUCAGCGGGUCUUCAUUGAGGACCUUGAGACCACCGACGGUCUUGUUGGCAAGUCCACCAAUGGAGCUGAGGCCGGCGCUCAGGAUCCCGUCCUGAAGUUCAACAACAUCUGUGGUGAUAACCCAGUUGCUCUGACCGUUGCUAAUGUCAAGGUCGCUGCUGACGACGGCACUGGUAACGGUGGUGGCAACGGUGGUGGUACUGAUCCCAUCGUCACCGACUCUACUCUGACCAACGCUGAGGGAGAGCCUACCGGCACUGAGACUCUCACUUUCUUCCCUACCAACUCUGAGGGCGCUAUCACCAACUCUGAAGGCGAGACCAUCAUCCCUACCGACACCGCUGCUACCAACUCCGAGGGUGCUCUCACCAACUCUGAGGGUGAGACUGUCACUGCUACCGGUACCGAGACCGCUCCUAUUGCCACCGCUACUUCUCCUGCUGGCUUCCCUGGUUCCAUCGGUAACUUUGCUCUCUUCGGCUGUGUCGGUUCCAACAACGGUUUCCCUACUUUUGAGCUUUCUGAGUCCUCCGGCUCCAUGGACCUGGACCGCUGCGCCAGCAACUGUGAUGGCCGUGGAUACUUCGGUGUUCGCGACACUGACUGCUACUGUGGUGACGAGAUCGACUCUGACAACACCAGCCGUGUCGACAUUGACCAGUGUGACAUCGAGUGCCCCGGUGAUGACUCUGAGUUCUGCGGUGGUGAUGCUCCUCUCGACCGCAUGAACCGCUUCAGCCGUCGUCAAUCCGCCAUCCCCAACACCGUCCUCCUCACUGUCUACGUCUCUCUCGGCGGCUCUGUUACCCUCACCGAUAUCCUCACUGCUACCGUCACUGACCAGGACACCAUCACCACCACCUUCACAACCACCAUCUCCGACGCUUCCACAACCGAGACCAAGACCGUGACCGCCAUCUACGAGUGCUACAACGGCCAGUGCUACCCCGAGACUGGCAAGGGCGGCCGCAUCGUCUACGUCUUCAAGCCCUACCCCGGUGAGGAGUGCGAUGGCGAGUACGUCUACAUCUCUGAGGCCUGUGACUGCAAGGGUGGCUCUCAAUAUGUUCCUCACUACUGCUCCAACGGAAGCUGCAACGGCAAGCAGGUCUACAAGCCCGAGCAGUGCGAUGACUGGUACAACUACGAUGUCUGCUACACUCCCGUUGACUGCGAGUCUUGCGAGCACGGUCAGGUUAUCUACAAGCCUUGGGAGAACAGCUACGGUACUCCUGAGCACCCCAAGAUGCCUGAGAUUCCUGCUUGCUCCCACCCUGAGUGCCCUGCUAUUGAGCACGAGUCCAAGCCUACUCCUCCUUGCGUCGGUGACCACUGUGAGGACUCUGGCUCUAAGGGUGGCAACAACGGCGGCUCUGACUCUGGUUCCAAGGGUGAGACUCCUUGCGUUGGCGACCACUGCGGCUCUUCCGACUCUGGCUCCAAGGGUGAGACUCCUUGUGUCGGCGACCACUGCGAGGAGACCGGCUCCAAGGGCAGCAACAACGGCGGCUCUGGCAACAACGGCGGCUCUUCCGACUCCGGUUCCAAGGGCGAGACUCCUUGUGUCGGCGACCACUGCACCACCGAAGGCUCCGGCUCCAAGGGCCAGAACAACGGCGGAUCUUCCGACUCUGGCUCCAAGGGCGAGGCUCCUUGCUCUGGCGACCACUGCGAGCCCACCAUCGUCAACGGUGCUGGUAAGCAGGCUGUCAGCGGUCUUGCUUUCCUUGCUGCCGUUGCCGCUGCUCUUCUCUAA